UCUCGUAUAAUCACCAAAUCUUUCCCUUGAAACAAAUCCCUUAAGAGAUUUCAGAAUGGGUAAGAGUUCUUCCAUGGUAGUAGCAGAGAAGUUCUCUUGGUACUGCACGGUGUUUGCUGCCAUGAUGCUAUUGAUGAACUUCUUCCACGUAGUAGAGGAGGGUUCCACGGAGAUCAUGCAGAAACAACAGCCGUCGAUGAUGAUCGCCGGAUAUCCUGAUCGACGGCCAGCAUGCGAUGAGAUAUAUGAGGUGAAAGAAGGAGAGACGUUACAGACGAUAAGUGAGAAGUGUGGAGAUCCUUACAUCGUUGAAGGGAAUCCUCAUAUACAUGACCACGAUGAUCUUUUCCCGGGACUUCUCAUUAGAAUCACUCCUACGUUUUAAUCUCAAGUGAUUCUUGAUGUAUUUAUAAAUCUGUUACGAAUGAGUUUUUGUUUUUUUUUGACGUACGUGUGAUUAUGAGAUCUCUGCUGGGAAAUAUCGUAUUAGUAGUUGUAUAACAUAUGAUUCUAAAAUUAAAAAACUUUGGUGGAUUGCAAAAUUCGGAUUAUAUUAUUUAA